GAAUGUGUUGGCAUAAUCUACUCGCGUGUAGUGCUAUGAGGUGCGACGUGACUGUGAUCCUAAUCCUCGAGCUGCUGGUCGGCCUCAGCUCCACCGCUGCACGUUUAUCGCGCGUGUUGCCCUUCGACGAAGGGGAUCAGGGCGUGCCCGUGUUCGGGGACUGCGAGUUUCGAGUCAAUGGCGAUCUCAAUGAUCCAGCGCCGCUUCUGGCGCGACAUAACUAUUUCGAGAUCAUCGUGCCGGACCCUACGGACACAGUGCGUCUUCAAAAUGGUGAACUGCUGGAUAUGUUCUGCCCUGGCGCUGGCUUUGCGGCACCCUUUCAAACGCGGACCCAGUUGACUGCGCAGUGCCUGCAGAAAAAGUAUUUUCUGGUCGAUGGCCUGGUCUAUCCCUUUGCCAACUUCAGCUGCGCGGCCUGGCCGACCUUCUCGGCGCUGCGCACUGGUCGGCAGUGCAACGGUGGCACGGAUCUGGUCAAAGUUGGCUUCCAGUUGGAGGACGACGGAUUCCUGCAAACCUUCGAUGUGUGCCAUGACGAGGACUCCGAGGCCACACGCUAUGUACACCAUGUGCUGUACCCCUCCAGCUACGACUAUCAGCACGGUGUGGCGCGACCGAAUUUUAUUACUCUGGACUUCUACAAAGGCCGAGAUGUCAAUAAAAAGUACACGCAAGUAGAGCAGAAUAUCACUAUAAGCAACAUUCUGGGCCUUGAUGCCAGCCCAUACUUCAACUAUAGCGACGAUCGGAUAUUGGCUCGCGGCCACUUGAUUGCGAAAACGGAUCAGAUCUUUGGCGCGGCCCAAAUGUCCACUUUCAUCUUCAUCAAUGUGGCCCCUCAGUGGCAGAGCUUCAAUGGCGGUAACUGGGAGCGUGUCGAAUCGAGCGUUCGCAAAUUUGUUGCCGAUCAGAAUUUGACUGUUGACUGCUAUACCGGAACCUGGGGAGUGUCCACGCUGCCCGACUUCGAGGGCAUCGAGCGUGAGCUCUACCUGGACUUCGAUGAAAAUAACAAUGGCCUGAUACCAGUUCCCAAACUGUAUUUCCGCGUCAUCAUUGAUCGUGCUAGUCGAGAGGGCAUCGUCCUGGUGGGUGUCAACAAUCCCUAUGUCACCUUGGAACAAAUUCAAAGUGAAUAUAUUUUGUGCGAGGAUGUUGGACAUCGGCUGAGGUGGGUUUCCUGGAUUAAGGAGGAUCUACAUGAGGGCUAUUCGUAUGCGUGCUCUGUGGAGGACUUCACGGAAGUGGUGAAGGACUUGCCCCUUGAUGAUCUGCACACCACUGGUAUCCUUGGCUUAGAUAAAGAUACCACCAGCGAUGCACCAACCACUGUUAGCACGACUGAAGUGCCUUCUCCAACGGCACCUGAGACCACCACUGAGAUCCCCACGACUGCUGAGAGCACUUCAGAUAUUCCAACUGAAUUGCCAACGACACUUGAGAGCUCCACAGAUAUUCCUAGCACGAUUUCUACUACCAGCACCACUGAACUACCGUCGACUACUUCUGAGAGUACUAGUGAUAUUCCUAGCACGAUUUCUACUACCAGCACCACUGAACCUAGCACGAUUUCUACUACCAGCACCACUGAACUCCCGUCGACUACUUCUGAGAGCACUAGUGAUAUUCCUAGCACGAUUUCUACUACCAGCACCACUGAACUACCGUCGACUACUUCUGAGAGCACUACUGAUAUUCCUAGCACGAUUUCCACUACCAGCACCACUGAGCUGCCACCUACAACAACAUCUGAGAGCACUACCGGGUCCUCCAGCACAGCAUCCAGUUCAACAGCAACAACACCCAGUCCAACUGCCACACCGCAGCCCGAUCAAUGCUACUUCAGCACCAACGGAGAUCUCACAGAUCCUGCCCCACUGCUCACGCCGGAGGGUGCACUGAGCUGGCUUUUGCCGGAUGAAUCGGGUAUUUACACGGUGGAUGAUGGAUCGAGCAUUGAUUUGCACUGCACCGCUGCACUGGCCAUUCCAUUCAAUCGAUAUACCGCGCUGACGGCCCGCUGUGUGGGCGACCAGAUGUAUGAGGCGGAGGGCCAGAGGGUAGCGAUAGGGGAAUUCAGCUGUCAAACGUGGCCCAGCUACGAGGCCGUUCGCACUGGAGUCUCGUGUGAGGGCGGCACUGAGCUACUGCAGAUUGGCUUUAACGUGGCUGCCGGGAUGUUGCCGCAGCUGGAACUGUGCUACGACGAGAGUGCACAGAUCACACGCUACGCUCGCUACGAGCUGACGCCGGCCAAUGUUGCCUAUCAGCAGAACGUGGCACAGCCCGGGUAUCUGCGGGCCGGCUUCUAUGCGGGCAAGGACGUGAACGUGCUCUACAGCCUGUCGCAUCAGCACGAGAUGCUUGGUGAAACUCUUGGCUUGAAUGCCAGCCAGUACCUGGACAGCAGCCGCGACCUGUACCUCGCGCGGGGUCAUCUCGCUGCGCGUCAAGACUUUGUGCAUGGCUCGGCGCAGCGUGCGACGCACUUUUAUGUGAAUGUGGUGCCCCAGUGGCGCAGCAUCACCAUAGGCAACUGGCUGGCCGUGGAGCGCAGUCUGCGCCAAUUCGUGGCCAACGAGGCGAUCAACGUGAGCGUGCAUGCAGGCAGCUGGGGCGUAGCCACACUGCCGAAUGCCGAGGGCAAACAAACGCCGAUCUAUUUAAAUGCCGACACGCAGCAGCUGCCGGUGCCUCGACUGGUGUAUCGCAUUGUCAUUGACCAGGAGAGCCGCAGGGGCAUUGCCCUAGUGGUGGCAAACGAUCCACAUGCCAGCCUUGACGAAAUCUUGCGGGAUUAUGUCGUCUGUGAGGAUGUGGGUGCGCAGCUGGAUUGGCUGGACUGGGAAAAGGCCAACAUUGAGAAGGGCUAUGCCUACGCGUGCUCUGUGGAAGAUUUCACUGAAGUGGUCAAAGAUCUGCCACUCGAUCAACUGGAUACGACUGGGCUGCUUGGGCUGCCGGACGAGCAAUCACAACAGCUGUGCAGCUUCCGCGUGAAUGGCGAUCUCAAAGACCCAGCUCCGCUGUUUGUGCUACGCGACGAACGCGGCUCGGCACAAUACUUGGAGCCCGAUCCACAAGGUGCGGUGGAACUGCAGCGUGGCCAGGCAAUAGAGCUGCACUGCAGCGGCCCAAAGUCAUUUCAAGGACACUUCGCCGGAUACUCUCAACUAAAUGCCAGUUGCUGGCAAGAAGAAAAUUUCUUGGUGCUGGGCAAAGUCCACCACAUCAGCGACUUUGUGUGCACCUCGUGGCCCGCCUACACGGCUCGACGCACGAACCGUGAGUGCAAUGGAGGAACCAAUCUUCUGGAAGUUGGCUUUCAGCUCGCCAACGAUGACAGCCACGAUGACUUCCUGCAAACCUACGAUGUGUGCCACGAUGAGCUGGCGGAGGUAACACGCUAUGUGCAUCAUGUGCUGACGCCCAGCAGCGCCCAGUAUCAGCGCUCAGUGAGCCGGCCUAGCUUCAUCACGGGCGACUUCUAUGGCGGCAAGGACGUCAAUCAGAAGUAUACGCAGGUGCAACAGAACAUCACAAUCAGCGGAAUUCUGGGCAUGGAUGCCUCACAAUACUUCGAUAUCGGCAGCAACGUGUAUCUGGCCAGGGGUCAUCUAUCCGCCAAGACCGACUUCAUAUUUGGCGCCGCGCAGCAGGCGAGCUUCUUCUUUGUGAAUGCCGCACCCCAGUGGCAGACCUUCAAUGCGGGCAACUGGGAGCGCAUUGAGGAUAGCGUGCGAAAAUUUGUGGCUGCUGAAAAUAUAACCGUCGAUUGCUACACUGGCACGUGGGGUGUGUCCACGCUGCCAGAUGCAGAAGGCGUGCCCCAAGAGCUCUACCUAGACUUCGAUGAGAACAGCAAUGGGCUGAUACCAGUGCCCAAGCUCUACUUCCGCGUGAUUAUCGAUCGGGAUAGCCGCAGGGGCAUUGUGCUGCUGGGCGUUAACAAUCCACACAUUGGCAUGGAAGAGAUUGAGGAGGACUAUAUUAUCUGUCCUGAUAUCGGCGAUCAAAUCAACUGGAUAAGUUGGACAAGGAAGGACUUACAGAAGGGCUACUCGUAUGCCUGCACUGUGGAAGACUUUAUAGAAACUGUUCAAGACUUGCCAUUGGACGAUCUGCAAACGAAUGGCGUUCUAGGUGUUUCGGCGUAACGCUAAUCACCACACUCUAUACUAUCUAAUAGUCUAAUCAAACUAACUAAGCAUACAAUAAAUUAUUAUAAAAAUUAAUAACUG